UAUUAUUAUUCGUUUAUAAAAGGAAACAGCCGUUCCAGUGCUUAGCAACAUCUGUCCUCUUGAGGUUAGGGUUCUUUAGAGAGAGUUCAUCUUUUAUCAAACGAUCCUUCGGAUCUUGUAAUGGAAGUUUAAACAUUAACAUGUUUUGAGUACAAACUUUUCGUUUUCUUUCUUGUUAUUAUAAACACUGAAUAUUUUUUCAACUUAUAGGGCUUUCCGAUCGUAAUAUUUGGUAGAUCGUCGCCACUAAAACGCAUAUACAGAAUUAUAUUUCUCUGCUUUCCCUUGUUUUAAUUGUUCAAUAUUUUCUUUAAACACCCUCUUCUUUUUAACAAAAAAUAAAAAUACUACCGAUCUCGAAAUUAUAUUAAAAUAGUUUUCAUAUUUUAACGAUGGAAACAAUAUCUAUUCAACGUUCGUCAUCAGGCAAACAAGUUUCGGGUUUGAGACCAUUCAAGAACCCUAAAAGAAGGAGUUCUCGUGGUUCACUUUCAAGAUCUGGAGGAAGCUUGGCUCUUCCUAUGACUCCAACGUCUUCUUGGGGAUAUCUUCCACCGCCGCCUAGCUACUCCCAGCCUCCUCUUCUCCCUCUUCCACGCGUCAACAGCUCUCGACCACGUGCCAACAGCUAUGCUCUCCCUUACGCUCAGGCAAGACCAACGCAACACAAGAAAGUAGGGAACGUUGAAACUGAACCGAGACUGACUCGAACCGGUUCGGUUCCGGUCCGGUCUAACAACAAGCGUGAUUUCCCGGAAGGGUUUGAUGGUUAUCCUGGUCCAGCGAUCAUGUUAUUAUCUCCUCCGCCUUGUAGUUUGCCGAUGCCUAGGUUUUCGAUCAAACCGAAGCUUAGUUGCAACGCAGAAGCUGCCGGCAAAACUGACGUAGCCACCGAUAACAUCCGUCGUGUUUUACAGCUACGUUAAGGUCGACGAUACUACAAAUAAAUGCCCAUGGGCGUGUUGGGUCUGUCUUGGUUUUUAAUGUGAUAGAACUCUCUCCUUUUGUGUGAUUUGCUAAGCCAUAACUUUUUUAAUAGGCUCUGUUGGCACAAAGUAUUAAGCCUUGUUGGAAUAAUUUUCUUUUAUGUUUGUUUCCUUCUAUAAGAUUAUCACCAAUACUAUGACCUUGUUCUUUUACAUGUUGAUGCAACUUGCCAUUACGACCUAGUACCACUUGGUUACAAGUUAUGGCAAAUUACUGGUUAGACUAUUUACAAUAAAGGUAUUGA